AUGGCCGGAACAGAGCAUGUCAUAUCCAUGGAGGAGUCACUCUCCAGGAAGGUUGGUUUUGUCAGAAAAGAAGCUGUUGAAACAAGCAGACCGGGGCAGCGCAUGAUUCAAAUCGAAGAGGAAGCGAGUUCCACAUCCAAGAUUAGGAAAGCAAAUCUUGAGAAACUAAAGGAAGCAGGGACCAAGAUUACGCGAAAUCCAGAUGAUCCGAACACUACGCCAAAAAUACAAGAGGUUCCGGCCUUGCUGCGUGGACACCAAAAUUUCAAAAAGUACUUUGAGCCAAGGGUGGUAUCACUCGGUCCUAUCCAUCAUGGGAAGAAGGAAUACCAGGCAGCAGAGGACUUCAAGCUUGGAAUGACAUGCAAAUUCGUGGAGGACAGUGGCAAGUCGGCUGAAGUUUUGCACUGGAAAAUUGCGAGGAAUAUCAAGCAACUGAAGCUGCUCUUCAAUGACAAGGUGGCCGAGAAGUAUGAUGAUGAGACCCUCGCCUGGAUGCUGUUUGUGGAUGGGUGUGCAGUGUUGCAAUCCAUACACUGUGUAGUUAACCAAGAAUUGAUCAAAAAGUUGAAGAUAAAAAACGACCAGGUGGCCUUUGCGCAACAGGAUUUGUUCUUGUUGGAGAACCAACUUCCUUAUAAACUCCUCUCGGAUUUAAUGGAUUCCAGCGCAAAGAAAAAAGAUUUGGAGAAUUCGAUCCAAACUUUCGUGCGUCGAAUGGCGCAUGAUAGGGUAAAAGACGUUGGUAAAGCUGGAGAAACCAAUGUAACGCCGAUCCAUCUUCUCGAUCUCCUCCGGACAAGACUCGUAGGCAAAAGUACUACGGCGGCCAAAAGAGGCGGCGAACAGGACCCCCAGUCGUAUCGCAACGUGCAGGAACUCAGAGCAGCAGGAAUAUAUGUGAAGCCAGCUCAAACUAGUUUGUUGACAAGGAUAAGUUUCGAAUAUGGAUUCCUCAACUUCUUCCCGGGAUUCCUCCGGCUGCCUCUAAUAACAGUUGAUGACUCAACGGGGCCCAAGUUUUUCAACUUGAUAGCCUACGAGAUGUGUUCAGAUUUUGACAAUGACUGCGGGAUCACCUCAUACAUAGCCUUCCUGGAUUCACUCAUCGAUAAUCCUGGGGACGUGAAGUUGCUAAGGAAUGCGGGCAUACUCCACAACCUGCUCGGCAGCGAUGAAGAAGUGGCUGAACUCUUCAACGAGAUAGGCACCGACUUGGUGCCCGACUCCGCAGCAUAUGGCGAUGUCAAAAAGGAGAUUCAGAGUUACUACCGCAAUCAGUGGAUGACCUGGUUUGCUCAAGUCAUACACGAACAUUUCAGCAGCCCCUGGACGAUCGUGGCUUUUAUUGGUGUAAUAUUAGGACUUGGUCUAUCUGCCGUACAAGCUUUCUACGCAAUCAAAGGUGAUGAAAGUUAG